UUUAGGAUACCGGCAUGCCCUAAUUCCUGGGCAUGCCAGAUAACACAGGUUUUACUAUAUUAAUUGAGGGGUACAGGAUCUGGGAGAGGGAAAAGGUGCAGGAGUGGAUUAUGACCUGGAGAAGGUGAGUAGGGGGGAAUGCAGUGGAUUCUGACCUGGAGAAGGUGAGUAGGGGGGAAUGCAGCAUCUCACGGGAACUUGUGACCUGGGACAGGGGUGUAAAGAGCUAACCAGUUACUUGGCAAGCAUCACCCUCACCAGUGAUGCUUGUUGGGGGUGAUUAGCCAACGGGGCCUGCUGGACUGCAGCACCUCCUCCCCCCGCAGCCACGGUGCAACAAAACGGGCCCAACCUGGCCAGAGCAGUCCCUUCUACUCACACAAGCACCACACUCCCGGGGAUCCUGGUUAACUGGUUACACUUAACCAGUAAACAUUUUAAAUGGGAUUUUACAUGCCUACAGGUGUGCAGGAGGGGGUGGACAGUGUUUGGGUUGUAACAUGGGGCAGGGAGUUGGAGUACAGUGGAGAUACCAGCAGGACCCUUAGGCAGGCUCUUUACCUACUGCAUCUCUACAUGCCACUCCAAGUGGUCAGCUGCUGAGGUCAGCAUGUAUGUCUGUUCAUGACAUGCACUUUGGAGGGGUCUCCAUGCGCUGCAUACAGGCAACAGGAGCUGUGAGGAUCAUGCUGUGGGGACAGGAAAACACAGACAUCUCUCCAAGGGGCGCACCACAGACCAACAAAUCACUAGCCCCAGCAGCCAGUUGCUUUGAGCAGCAUGUGGCAAGAAACCUACACAGGGAUCCUGCUGGGCUACAGGACAUGAACAGCCCCAAGUACUGUGAAUCCCAUGAGCUCAACAGGACCACUCAUGAGCUAGUUUCAAGACUGGACCCUGCAUACCUGUACAACCACUUAAACACAGUCACCUUUCAGAUGAAGGCAAGCAACAUGACCUUGCACUCCAGAGCAUGCCGAACAAUGAUAGUGGGAGGUGAUUUUACUACAGGUGCAGCACAAGCGCCUAUUCUUUUACAUAUGUAUUACAGGAUAUUUAAGGACCUCUCUUCAUCUGAGCACAUCCUGAUGGAAUCUGUACAUUCUCACUACAUCUACAUAGGGGAAUUCAAAAGUUAUUGUGCCACAGUCCCCACUCCACUUCUCCUCAGGCAGGACCAAUGUACCUCAAUUACUAUAACAGGAGCACUGAGCCACUCACUGCAAUGUGUUGAUUUCACAAUAGUAGCUAAUUAAACCGUUUUUUGCUCGUAACUUUCAUGUUCAAUCAACAUGCAAGAGGAAAACGCUCCAGAACUGUAAAGGCCUGGAAUGGGGGCGGGGGGAAGAGGAUCUAGUCUAAAAAUCUUCCCAGGGAAGGACUGGAGAGGGCAGGGGGGAAACGUUGAUUGACUGGGGAGAGGGGGUGCACGGGAGGACACAGAGCAAAGGGGCUGUGGAAACGGGAGGGGCGAAUUGUUUUCAAUGGGCGCUGGGUGAGUGGCUACACCCCACGUCUGUCCUGGUGAGGGAGAAAAAUUAAUGGGGCGGGGCAGGUUACAGAGCCUAAUGGAAGAG